AUGGAGGCCCUCAAUAGGGUACUAAAGAGGAGCGGCGGCGUGCUCCCUUUCCUCCAAGCGGCCAUCGAUGUCGCCCACCACAGGUCUGGACUGUUCCGCGACCCUUCAGCGGUGAGCAAAGUCACCUCGAUGGCUGCGGCCAUCAGGGCGUGGGUGGAGGCCGAGAAGAGGGCGGCCAGGGAGGCAGAGAGGAAGGCUCCUGCUGCUGAGGAGCCAGAGAGCUUGGUGGAGAAGGACUGCAUCUGCAUGGUGGUGGAUAAGAAGCAGGUGACUGUAGCUGAGCAGGGGGCUGAACUGGAGGCCACGACUGCUGAAUUGGAGGGCAGGAGCUUGAAGCUUCAUGAGCAAUUGAAGGAAUUGGAGGCUAUGCAAUCCAGCGAGGUGGAACAGAAGCACAUUGCAUUGGUCACUGAAGUGGCUACACUCCAAAGUACAUUUAAUGCAAAUUGGAUACUAGAUUCAGGUGCAUCACGGCAUGUCACGGGGACAUUAGAUGAAUUUGCAUCAUAUAACUCAUUUCCUCCCGCACUUAAUCUAGUAUCCAUAAGUGCACUGGUGGAUCAGAUGGAUUGUCGUGUUACUCUUGAUCGAGAAAAUUGUUUAAUUGAAGAUAGGAAGACAGGAAUGAUGCUUGGGAGUGGCAUUAGGCGUAAUGGCCUAUGGUUCUUAGAUAGAAGGAUAGAUAAUUCCACGUGUACUGCUCUGGCAAUUUCUACAAGUGAAGAGGAGACUAAGGUGAUACUUCAACAUUGUCGGUUGGGUCAUAUGUCCUUUGACACUAUGUCCAGAGCAUUUCCUGAUAUUAUGAGCAAGGUUGAUAAAAAGAAGUUGGUGUGUGAUGCAUGUGAGUUUGGGAAACAUAUGAGAGCAUCCUAUAUUAGUAAAGGACUUCGUAGCACAUUACCUUUCAUAUUAGUUCAUUCCGAUGUUUGGACAUCCCCUGUGGUCUCUAUUAGUGGAAUGAAGUAUUUUGUGACAUUCAUUGAUUGCUAUUCUCGCAUGACAUGGGUUUAUCUCAUGCGGCAUAAAAAUGAGGUACUCAAGGAUUUUUGUGCAUGUGUUAAGAAUCAGUUCAAUACUCAGGGGGAGAACGAAGCUUCACACACUAGAGAAGGUGAUCACCAACCAAGGAAAUUGGAAAUUGUUAUUGGAACAAUUCCACGACCAAUGGAUGACCCUAAUCUUACAAGUGUAGAAGAGGGAGAGAAUAGUACUGUUCAAAGUGGACCUAUUCAGGAACAGUCAAGAAGAAUGGAGGAGAUAGUUGGUGGUCUAACACCUACUCAACCAAAUGGAACAGGUAUGGGGUUGCAAAAUAGAGUUAUCUCAAAAGUAUAUACAAGAAGGAAGUUUAGAUCCCAACAAGAGAACACGGAGUUGAUCCAAACACCAACAUCUGAACUAUGCCCUUCCGCCCCAGUGCGUGAAAGUGGACAAAAAAUUAUUGAUGUAUCUUCAACCUCAGAGAUUGAUGUUGAAAACUCCUCAGAUGCUCUACCCAUUGCACUAAGAAAAGGACGCAAGAUCACUGUGUUGGCCGUAUAUGUGGACGAUAUCAUUAUUACCGGUGAUGAAGAAACGAAGAUCAAAUGCCUCAAGGGGAAUCUAAGUAGAGAGUGUGAGGUCAAGGACCUUGGUCAGCUCAAAUACUUUCUAGGUAUUGAGAUUGCACGAAAUCCAAAAGGAAAAGGACGUCUGCUGCUUAUUCCAGCAAGGAAACUUGGGAUCCUAAGUAAAAGGGUUAUGUGGAGUACAAGAGAUUGGAAACAAAUGUUGGUAAAAUAUAGUGAGUCGUUGUGGAGUCCACAUCCGACUGCCGGUGUGCUCCAGAGUCCAGACCACAAUACAUGUGUCACCCUCUAA